AUGGCAUCUAAACAACGGGUUGUUAUAAUCGGGGCUGGUAUUGUGGGCACUAAUCUGGCCGAUGAGCUGAUAUCUCGAGGAUGGCAUGAUGUUACAGUCGUCGAGCAAGGCCCAUUACACAUGCCGGGUGGCUCGACAUCGCACGCGCCUGGCCUCGUUUUCCAGACAAAUUCAUCUAAGACUAUGACACAACUUGCACGCUACACAGUUGAAAAGUUUCAGUCGCUUGAGAAAGAUGGUCAGAAUUGUUUCAACCAGGUGGGCGGUCUUGAAGUGGCGACGACGCCUGCACGACUCGAGGAGCUCAAGCGCAAACACGGCUACGCUACCUCAUGGGGAAUCGAAGCGCACCUCAUAGGCGCCGAAAAAUGUAUUAGCAUGUACCCUUUCCUCAAUAAAGAUCUCGUGCUCGGUGGCCUCCACAUACCCAGCGACGGCUUAGCCUUAGCUGCUCGCGCGACACAGUUGCUCAUUGAACGCACUAGCAAAGCUGGUGUCCGAUACCUUGGCUCAACCCCUGUCACUGGAAUCGAGCGGACAAGGCGAUGUGUGACAGGUGUAAAGACCCUGAACGGCAUCAUUCCUGCCGAUAUCAUAGUUUCUUGCGCUGGUUUCUGGGGCGUCAAGGUGGGUGCUAUGGUCGACCUGCCAAUUCCUUUACUCCCACUGGCGCAUCAAUACGCAAAGACGACAAAAGUCCCUGCUCUCUCCGGUCGUGAUAUCAAUUCACUGCCUAACGGAUUGAACGCGAGCCUGCCUAUCCUACGCUACCAAGACCAGGAUCUCUACUACCGCGAACACGGCGACCAGUACGGAAUCGGUUAUUACGGCCACCGUCCAAUGCCUGUCAACGCAUCAUGGUUGGGUGCAACUUCUCGUCAUGUCGAUGAAUACAAUAUGCCAUCUCGACUCGAGUUCACUCCGCAUGAUUUUGAUAAGGCUUGGAAGCUGUCCCAAAAUCUCUUGCCUGCUUUACGUGAAACCGAAAUAGCGGACGCUUUCAAUGGCAUAUUUUCGUUUACGCCCGAUGGCGGACCUCUCGUAGGUCAAGCGCCCGAUAUUGAUGGUUUCUAUGUUGCUGAAGCGGUAUGGGUCACACACUCGGCUGGUGUGGCACGAUCCGUAGCUCAAAUUCUUACUACGGGCCAAUCUGAGAUCGAUGUCAGCGAGUGCGAGUUGUCCCGCUUUGAGGAGAUCCAACUCAGUCAAGAAUACGUGAGCGAAACAUCACAGCAGAACUUCGUUGAGAUAUACGAUAUCAUACACCCUCUUCAACCAAGAGACUCCCCUCGCAAUCUUCGUGUCAGCCCAUUCUACGCUCAACAACGAGACCUGGGUGCGUUCUUUCUUGAAGCUGCAGCAUGGGAACGUCCGUAUUGGUAUGAAGCAAAUGCGCCAUUGGUCAAGCAUCUCCCUUCACACUGGCAACCGGUUGCUCGCGAUUCCUGGUCAGCACGGUACUACUCGCCUAUAGCUGCAGCAGAAGCCUGGAAGACACGAAAUGCAGUAGCGAUGUAUGAUAUGACCUCUUUCCACCGAUUCGAGGUUUCAGGACCAGAAGCUGUUCAUCUGCUCCACAGGUUAACCACGAGCGAUAUUACGACUAAACCUGGCACCAUAACCUAUACCCUGCUUCUGAACAAUAACGGCGGCAUCCGCAGUGAUAUUUUUGUGUCGAGGCUCAAUGAAAACCUGUUUUGGGUGGGUGCGAAUACUGCUAUUGAUUUAGCCUAUCUUGUCCAACAAGCCCGUUAUCACGAGCAGCGCACAAAGAGUGGGUGGGUGCGGGUCCGCGACAUCACUGGUAGCACAUGCUGUCUUGGACUCUGGGGUCCUCGUUCCCGGGACGUUAUUCGCGCUGUCAGCUCGGACGACUUUUCCAAUAAAGCGCUCCCUUACUUCUCUCUCAAGAAAGCAACCAUCGCCGGUAUACCUGUUACCAUGAUGCGCAAGUCCUAUGUUGGGGAGCUGGGUUGGGAGAUCCAUGCCAGCACCGAGUAUGGACAUCGGCUGUGGGACGCUCUUUGGCAAGCAGGAAAGCCUCAUGGUCUCGUUGCAGCCGGUCGCGCAGCAUUUAACGCAUUGCGGCUUGAGAAAGGUUAUCGCACCUGGGGUACUGACAUGACAACCGAGCAUGAUCCGUUUGAAGCUGGUGUUGAUUCUGCCAUCAAGGCGAACAAAAAAGAAGACUACAUUGGCAAGGCAGCGCUCAUUGGCCGCGCAAAUCAGACAUUAUCUCGAAAGCUACGUUGCCUAACCAUCAACGAUGGCUCCUCUACGGUCCUUGGGAAGGAGCCCGUGUACUAUCAGAGCAAACCGGUUGGGUAUAUUACCAGCGCUGGGUUCGGAUACACCAUUCGGAAGCCAAUUGCCUAUGCUUGGCUCCCGAACAGAGUGGCUGAAGGCGAACCCGUUGAAAUCGAAUACUUUGGACGGCGAAUUCAAGCAACGGUUACGGCUGACCCAUUGUACGACCCGAAUAUGAGUCGUCUUUAUGAUGGCAGUCCAGCUAUUACAUCACAAAUCGAGAACCACCUGAAGCCCCGUUUAUAA